GCGACACAAGCACAAGCAGUUCGAUGAAUAUGWAAGUCAUUCCCCUUGAUCUCAAUCAUCUUUAUUAUGCUUCUUCUAAAAAAGUCAAAAGAUAUACAGUAUACUCAAUUAUCWCAGCCUGAGCGAAUCCAUCUUUCAAAAGAGAYAACGUCGUUUGGACGGAGCAGUGAAUUGGUGGAUGUUGUUGUUGACAGUUCGUUGUCACCUCGAAUGAUAAGUCGUCUUCAUGCAAAAAUCUCUCGAAAAGGWGACCGUUUUUACAUAGAAAGCGAAAGUCUAAAUGGAGUACUUGUGAACUCURUUAAAAGGAAGAAGUGUGAACUGCAGAAUGGAGAUKUAGUGGURUUUGGAGGGGCUGGAGCGAAGACUGCUGAGGGAUGUGUAGUUACAAACUCACAAUCGGAACUUGUUUACGUUUUUCAAAGUGAAGARAAAGUCGUCAGUUCUGAAAGUAGUAGCAGCAACAAUGUGUCUAAAAGGCCAGRUGUUCCUACUUAUGCUGAGGAUGGYAGAGAAACAGACAUUUCUUUGAGAGGGAAAGUUAUCCUCUCUUCUGAAARGGAUAGAAAAACACCUUUACAAAGUUUAUAUGUCGACUCUGAUUGUCAAAAARAACUUUAUGAUGAUUCUCCUGGUGAAGGAACUAGCGACGGAAAAGUGAAAAAGAAUAAAAAGAUAUUUAAUUGUGCAUCAGAGGACGAUAACAUGAUAUUCAAGAAGAAAAAGAGAAGAAGGAUGCCUUUUGAUUCAGAUGAAGACAGUCCAUCACCUACUAGAAAACUCAUCAAGAAAGAUUCUUCUACAGAGAUAGAAGAAGAAACCAAUAAAAUAUGUGAAAAUCCACAAUCAGAAAUAAUCAAUCAAAAUAAAGUUUUUCUCAAUGACCUGAAUGAAGAGUUAUUGUGCUGUAUCUGCCGAGAGCUGCUUGUCUUGACGCAUGCCCUUCCUUGUUCCCAUACAUUCUGCUAUGUUUGCAUAAGAAACUGGCUGAGGGAGGCGGUAGAUUGCCCUAGUUGUCGGUCCAAGGCUUCAUUCAACAACUUAGUUCCUGUUAAGGUUCUUGAUAACAUGGUGGAAAAAGUAGCAGUUAGGGUUCUUACUGAAGAUGAACUUGAAGAAAGAAACAUUAAAAUGCAGGAACUUCAAGAUAGAAUUAACGGAAGAAUGRAAGACAAUGAUGAGUUAAGGGCUGAAUAUGGCUGUGUAAAUAACGACAAGGAAUACUGUGAGAAAUGUAACCUUGCAAUAUCAAACAGAUUGCUGAGAUGGGUSGUCAGUUUUCCAAGAACAUCAUCAAUGGCAUCUUAUCACUUCAAAUGUUUCAAACCUCCUUCAAGUAUUACUAUUAGCAAGAUCAAGGUCGCAAAGGAAAUGUCAAAAACAGACUUGAUAAAAAUCAAAACAGCUGUAAAAAAGUAGUGUCUGUAAAACAGAAUUGAAUAAAAUUUAUACAAUUACAUGUUAA